GGUCCCACGAAAAAGGCCGAGAUGGCCGCUCUCAAUUUUCUCUCUGGUGACACAAAAAAUGAAUUAAUACAAACUCCUAAAGAAAUUGUAAAACUCGAUAAAAAGGUUAAAAGAGGAAUAAUUUAUUUGUCCACAAUUCCAAAAUAUAUGAACAUCACGAAGAUCCGGGAAAUAUUUUCAGUUUAUGGGAAAGUGGGCAGAGUAUAUUUACAGUUAGCCGAUAAUGAGACACAACAAUCAGGGAAACGUAAAAAGAGAUUUAAGAAAAUAAUCAAGCAUUUUACUGAAGGUUGGGUAGAAUUUGAAAGUAAGAAAGUAGCAAAGUUUGUAGCACAAACGUUAAACAAUACUCAAAUAUCCACAAGAAAGAAAAGUCGAUUUUAUGACAUUAUGUGGAAUAUAAAGUAUUUGCCCAGAUUCAAAUGGAUUCAUUUGAGCGAACGUUUAGCAUAUGAACGUGCCAUUCAUAAACAAAGACUUUUAACAGAAAUAGCACAAGCUAAGAGAGAAGUUAAUUUCUUCUCAUAUAACGUCGACAGAAGUAAAAAGCUACGUAAAAAACAUGAACAAGGGGCGGAGACAACUUUUGAAUUGCCUGAAGUUAAACAAAGGGAUACUGACGGUGAAAUAAGAAGUAGAAAAGCACAGACACAUGUAACAGAUAGAACAGAAUUUCUUAAAUCUAUAUUUGGAUAAAAUUUAUUGUCUUUAUGUACAUGUAUAUAAGAAUAUCAUAUAUCCUUUUGUAUA